AUGGCAGUACCGAUAAAGACGGAAGUACUCCGAGCGGGUCUCAACUAUAUGCGGCUGAUCGGUUUGUGGGGUGACAAACCUCGUCCGGUGUAUCGGUAUUUCCUCUUUCUCGCGUUUGAAAUCGCGGUCAUGUUCCUGCCGAAGCUGGCGUUCGGUCCCGGAGAGGAAGGCUUCGAUUCCUUCGCGUGCUACCUGGCCGAGCUGAUCUUCGUCGGCGAAAUUGCGGUUUCGAUUGGACUCUUCAACUGCCGGGCGAGUUCGUUCGAAAAACUGGUGACUAUUUUGAUGGAAGUUGUUGAGCGUCUAGACAAGAAACCAACUGCCGACGGGCUACGCGAGUCCGUUAGAGAUACGGAGAAAUUCGGUAGGAAGUACGCCUUGUACGUUUGGGGGGUGUUGGCCACUUACUUCACAAUACCUUUGGUUACCUCAGUGGCAGCUUUUCUGUUGAAAUCCGACGAUGAGAGAGGUGAAUUUGCGCGGAUUAUGAUGAUGAAGUUCUACUGGUUCGACAUUCGUCACAAUAUAGUUCAUUAUGGACUCUACUGGUUUUUGUUGUACGCCGCAUGUGUAUGUUCCGCUUACCAGAGUGUGAUAAAAGUAACAGUAAUCUAUACAAUUAUACAGUAUGGAGCAAUUCUUUUCGAAUUUAUUUCGGUAAAGAUUAAACAUUUAGAUGAUUUCGCGGAAGGUAAUGAACGACGGCAGGAGUUGCGAGAAAUUGUACAAAUUCAUCAGAUGAUGUUGGAAUACGCUGUAUAUCUGGAAAAGUCGGUUUCAUUCUUCUUGUUUAACCUAAUAUCUUGGUGCAUUCUAAUGAUGUGCUUAAUGAUGUACUACGUUUCGACCAGCUUUGGACCAAAUGCACUCAGCGUUUUAGUAUUGAUCAUAUAUUUGUUGGGAGAAAUGGGAUUUUUUUGUUUCAGCGGAAACAAACUAAGCGAGAAGGCAGCCGAGGUGGGAAAUGCCAUGUAUGAUUACGCAUGGUAUUCGGAGCCUGUGGAUAUGCAAAAAGAUAUGCUACUGAUAAUCGCACGUUCGCAGCGCUUAACUGGAAUUACCGCAGCCAAGUUUUACAUCGUCGACCGUGAGAGAUACGGCAUUGUAAUGCAGGCAUCGUACUCUUACUACUUGAUGUUGAAAAGUACCUUUUAG